GUCAUGGAGCGCAAGGUAGCGGCGGCAACGACUCCCCAAGAGCGGACGGUGGCCGGGAGGAGCGCGAACUUACCUUGGGUAGAAAAAUACCGACCUCAGACACUGAGUGAUCUGAUUUCUCAUCAGGAUAUCCUGAGUACCAUUCAGAAGUUCAUCAGUGAAGAUCGCUUGCCUCACCUCCUCCUCUAUGGGCCCCCAGGAACUGGCAAGACUUCCACCAUUUUGGCCUGUGCUAAGCAGCUUUACAAAGACAAGGAAUUCGGUUCCAUGGUUCUAGAGCUGAAUGCUUCAGAUGACCGAGGCAUCGACAUUGUCAGAGGGCCUAUCCUAAACUUUGCCAGCACGAGGACCAUCUUUAAGAAAGGCUUUAAGCUGGUGAUUCUGGAUGAAGCAGACGCCAUGACACAGGAUGCCCAGAAUGCCCUCCGGCGUGUGAUAGAGAAAUUCACAGAGAACACCCGGUUUUGCCUGAUUGGCAACUAUCUCUCCAAGAUCAUCCCGGCCCUGCAGUCCAGGUGCACCAGAUUCCGCUUUGGCCCCCUGACACCUGAGCUCAUGGUUCCCCGGCUGCAACACGUCAUCGAGAAGGAGAAAGUUGACGUGAGCGAUGACGGAAUGAAGGCGCUGGUGACGUUGUCAAACGGCGAUAUGCGAAGGUCUCUGAACAUUUUACAGAGCACAUACAUGGCUUUUGGAAAGGUGACUGAGGAGACUGUCUACACCUGUACCGGGCAGCCCCUCAAGUCUGACAUUGCCAACAUCCUCGACUGGAUGCUGAACCAAGACUUCACCACUGCCUACCGCAAUAUCAUGGAGCUGAAAACGUUGAAGGGCUUAGCACUGCACGACAUCCUGACGGAAAUUCACUUGUUCGUCCACCGAGUUGACUUUCCAUCCUCUGUUCGAAUCCAGUUGCUGAUCAAGAUGGCGGAUGUCGAGCAUCGUCUCGCUGCGGGGACAAGCGAGAAAAUUCAGCUGGGGGCGCUGGUUGCUGCCUUCCAGGUCACCAGAGAUCUAAUUGCAGCCGAGGCUUAGUUGAGGGCGGUUUGCCCACCGUCUAGUCUACACUGGGAGGACCUGCAGCUUCUCUGGUGGCGUAAUUCCGACGGACUGAACUCGUGCCUUGCUGUAUGUCGGUUGUGUUUUAAAGUUGCUUUGUUCACAGUUUUCUGGGUCGUCUUACAAGGCGUCUAAGCAAACCGUACUUGCUUCCUCGCUCGGUGCUGAGGAUCUCGCUAUUCCUCUCCUGUAUCCAAUCGGACGCAUCUCUCCAGGACUAGAACAAGCCCCUCUGGGUGCCACCGUUGCACGUGGAAGAACGUGUUCCUAAAACAGAACUGGAUUCCUAGUGGGAGGAGAGGAUAUUUCAUCAAAACAGUCUCCGAAUCCCGUAUUAUGGGUUGUAGAGGGCCAUGUUGGAACAGAAGAGAUCCUUGUGUGACCCUAGGCUUUGAAACCUUAACCUUCCCGUGGUUGGGAAGAACAGCAGUCUAACACAUCUGGAUGGUACCAGCUUGGAGAAAGGCUGGCUUUUACGACGCCAUAAGCCAGUAUUCCCCAUCCUGAUGCCUUCCAGCUAUCGUGGACUACAACUCCUAUCAUCUCUAGCCAGCAGGGCCAUGGGAGUUCUAGUCCCAACACCGUUCCCAGACUGGGAAGCUGUCACAACACCUCUUCGAGAGAGACUCAAAGGGUGCUGCCUUCUGUCCUUUCGGAGAGUAACGACAGCAUGUAUAUAUAGUAAUAAACUUUGUUUUCUGAGCACCUA